AUGAAUCAAAACCAAAUUGCAGCUGAUGCUGCAGUUCAGGCGCCUUCCCCGGCCAACGCCAACGACGUUGAAAAGCAGGCCGAGGCGAACGCGUCAGACCCGCCGCAACAAAAGCAAUCCGCCUUCAAAAACAUGGGUCUAUUAGACCGUUUUCUCGCUGUCUGGAUAUUCCUCGCCAUGGCUGUCGGGAUCAUCUUGGGUAACUUUGUUCCCAGUACUGGCCCUGCGUUGCAAAGGGGGGAGUUUGUGGGAGUUUCAGUUCCUAUCGCUGUCGGUCUACUUGUCAUGAUGUACCCUAUACUCUGCAAGGUGCGGUAUGAGAGCUUGCAUCAUGUUUUUCAAACCCGUCAGAUAUGGAUCCAGAUUGCAUUCAGUAUUGUUGUUAACUGGAUUAUUGCUCCGUUUUUCAUGUUGGCAUUAGCCUGGGCUUUCCUCCCGGACGAGCCAGAGCUACGCCAGGGACUUAUUCUUGUUGGACUAGCGCGGUGCAUUGCCAUGGUUCUGAUUUGGACUGGCCUUGCAGGCGGAGAUGGCGAAUACUGCGCCAUUCUCGUCGCCGUCAAUUCCCUCCUCCAGAUCGUCCUUUUCGCCCCCAUGGGCGUCUUUUUCAUCGAAGUCAUCAGUGGCGAUACCAUCACCUUCGAAUACUCCACGGCUGCCAAAAGCGUCGCUGUCUUCCUCGGCAUCCCGCUGGGUGCCGCGAUCCUCACGCGCUUCAUUCUCCGCUGGGCCACGAGUCGCCGGUGGUACGACGAGGUGUUCCUGAAAUGGGCCAGCCCCUGGUCUCUCAUUGGCCUUCUGUUUACGAUCUUAGUCCUGUUCGCGUCGCAGGGUCGUCAGGUUGUCCAUCAGAUCGUCUCUGUGGUUCGGGUGGCUGCGCCGCUGAUCGUUUAUUUUACGGUUAUUUUCUUCUUGACGUUGUUUGUGGCGUACAAGUUAGGGUUUGGGUAUAAGCUCUCGACAACGCAGAGCUUUACGGCUGCGAGUAACAACUUUGAGCUGGCGAUUGCUGUUGCUGUUGCUACUUUUGGGGCAGAUAGUAACCAGGCGCUUGCUUCGACUGUUGGGCCGCUCAUUGAGGUUCCGGUUUUGUUGGGGCUUGUGUAUGCUGUCAAGUUUUUGGCGAAGAGGCUUGGUUGGAAAGAUUAG